AUGCUCGGCCUCGCAAAGGGCUCACAAGACAGUGGACUGCGGUUCCAAGCUGAGAAUGCCCAUCGCCUGCCUACUACUCAGACCGGCUGGUUCCUCUACCACAAGAGCAAGAACUACAACAUGAUGCUGGGUGGCAUCGUCGAAGGCAUGAAGCAAGCUGGCAAGUUCGGCCUCUGGGCUGGGUGCUUCUUCGUUCUGGAAGAGGGCAUUGAUCGGGGAAGGGCAGCAGGUGUCAGGAUUAUGCUGGCAGGUUUGGGUUCAGCGGGCAUCUUCAGUGCCUGGAACAGGCUACCUUUGCCUACGGUUGCCAGGACAGCAAAGAUGGGAGCCAAGGUUGGACUUGCGUUCGGUUUGCUGCAAGAUGCAUUGAAUGUCGUGAAAGGGAAAAGAGUUGGAUACGUCGAGUUCGUCAAGAGGCACACUGUGGGAGAGGGUGACACUGAGGCACAAGCUGAAAAAGCACCAGCUUGA